UAAGAAACUAUGCAAAACACAAAAGUGGCAAUUGCCAUCUUCAGUCUGAAUAAUCUGCUCAUAAUUCAGUUUGAAAAACACAGUGUGCUUGUUUUAUUGAUAAAAAUUAAACACACAUGACUCCUCAGCCAAUCAAAGAUUAGGUUUUGGAUGCAAAACACAAAGAAAUGUCUUUAACAAGAAAUAACUCACAUGAAAUAAAUACUAAUCUAUAUGUGAAGUAUUCUGGUAACAGUUAAUCUUCUGCUCAUAUACUGACGACAAAACAACGACGUCAUUGUUAUAGAAUAAUAAUUUAUAGUCAGUUUGUUUUUCAAACGUUAUUUGUCUACACUUCUGAAGAAAAUAAAAAUUGUGACAACUGGUGUCUGCGUAAAGUCAACGUCUAAGCACAACAGUUUUUCAUUCAGCCGUUUCUCAUCCGUCUUGGCUGGUCGGAAGAAAAUCACAACAGUGUAAAAUGAACAAGUCGGUGAUAAAGAAUGCUGAUAUGUCAAGUCCGAUGCAGAGACACGCUUUGGCAAUUGUAACUGAUUCAGUUCGGAAAUUCGAGCUAGAGAAGGAUAUAGCUGAUCACUUAAAAAAAGAAUUUGAUACGAAGUAUGGACCAACUUGGCACUGUAUAGUCGGGAAAAACUUUGGAAGUUCCGUAACACAUGAACCAAAUAGCUUUAUCUACUUCUUCGUGGAAAAGUAUGCUAUCUUGCUUUACAAAUCCGGAUGAGUGUAUUAUUAUUGCUCUCUUUGCAAGUAAGCAAACAAAAAAUGCAAAAUAAGCCUUCUGCGGAUUUCAAUGGGUGUGUAGAUGGAGUGCAUAUUAUUAUUUAUAGUACAUUUUUAAUUAUAGCCAAUUAAACUCCGUGUCAAAGUGUAUCAUUUUAAUUAUAAUGACAAUAAUCCGUUGUUGAAAUGAAAAUCUUAAUAAUUGUAAUACUAUAAGAAUGAAUUGUAUCCGAA